UUAGCCUAACUCAUGGAACAUUUUUAUAUAGCAGCGUUUGUGUAUUUGAUUACAGUAUUACCUGUUGUAAUUAAUAUGUCUUUGUCUGACAAUGCAGUCGUAUGUGCAUUGAAAGAACAGUUUGGGUUCGAGGUCGAAUCUAUCAAGUCUCUUGACGGAUACGAAGAUUUUAAUUUUUAUGCAAAAGAAGUUUCAAGUCAAAGAGAAUUAAUGUUAAAAGUAAAAAGGCCUUUACACGACCCUGAGAGUCCAACUUCGGAUGUUAUGCGGAAAGCAAUGAUUCAUUUGCGGUGCCAUGGUGUUCUAGCCCCAGAACCAAUUCAAAACCGCCACGGAAAAUACGACAGCUCUUUCAAGUUUGAUGAUCCUGUUGGAAAGAGGUUUUUGGAGCUUUACACUUUUGUGCCUGGCAAAACUGUUGCGGACACUUUCUGGACACCGAAAUCUAUGGAGCGUAUGGCUGUCAACGUUGGCCAACUGUGCGCGAAAGUAACAAUGGCAUUACAGACAUUUACAAGCGACCUGGAUAUUCCGAACGUGAUCUGGCAUCCUCAGAAUUUUAUGAAUUUCCAAAAAUACGAGCGUUUUGUUCAAGAUAAAGUUAUGGCUGGCAUUAUUAAGGACUGCUUUAAACUGUUUGACGAAAAUUUUCCAAAUGCUAAAAAGAAUCUACGAAAGGGUUUUAUUCAUUGUGAUUUGAGUACGUCGAAUAUAAUACUUGGUGAAGACGAGAGAUAUGGCGUGAUUGACUUUGAAUUGAUCUGCAAGAGUUACAUCGUCUUUGAGCUCUCGGCCUGCGUGGCUUAUAUAAUGACAACUGCAGUACAAUACCAGGGAGACCCCAUUUUGUUGGCACAACUUGUAAUUCGCAGCUAUGUGCAAAUUUUUCCGUUAAAUUUUACAGAACGGAGAUUUCUCAGUAUCGCGAUUUGUGCACGACUGGCGUCUUCAUUUCUAAUGGCAACUUACCAGGCUACCAUUCAGCCUCAUAACGUAGAAUAUCUAUUUUCACAAGCUGGCAAAUGCCCACAACUCCUUCAUGUUUUACUCGAGAGACGGGUAAAUCGUAAGAAAGACGAUCAAAGCGUUAUCUAACAUUGUCGACAAGUACUAUGUAUUAGUAUCCAUCACUUAUGGUGUGGGAUUAAUUAUCAAUUUUAUAAGUUUUAAAAUUUGUAUGUAGACCAAAAUUUGUAUACGGUGGGGUGGGGGAAGUCCCCACCCGACGAAGCGAUUUUUGUUAACAACGGCGUAUGGCGGUCAUGAGGAUGCGGUUUUAUAAUUCUUUUGAACCUUCUUUGUUUACUACCAAAUGGAACGGGAAAAUAGAG